AGGACUCCUCUUGCCGCACCUGUGUGUUGCGGUCGGAGCGGGUUCCGUGUCUGGAAACAACGUCAGCGUGCCAUCACGCAUCCGGAGUGCGCGCGCUCCAGCGGCAGCCACGGAUCCCCGGAGGAGCAGAGAUGAUGAAGAUGAUGAUGAUGAGGAGGAGGAGGAGGAGCAGCGCGUGAAGCCGUCGUGCUGCUGCGACUUGGGGAUUUCCUCUCACUAUGAUGGAUAUUAUAGAUGAUCGCUCGCUGCUGCUGCUGUUGUUGUUAUUCCUCCUGAGAGAGACGCACAGAGAGAUGGGGGACCGUCACCGGCGGACCCGGAGACUCGGGAGCCUCACGACCCGGGUCUCCAAGUCCCGGGUCUCCAAGGAGACGAAGCUCCGGCUGCGCGUGAUCUUCCUGGAUGACAGCGAGCGCACGUUCGAAGUGGAGCAAAAGGUUUUAGGCGGCGACUUCUUCAACAAAGUGUGUGGUCAUCUGAAACUGCUGGAGAAAGAGUACUUUGGACUGGAGUUCAGACACCACAGCGGCAACUAUGUGUGGUUGGAGCUGCUGAAGCCGCUGGCCAAACAGAUUAAAUACAGCAACGAUCUGUUCUUCAGGUUUAUAGUAAAGUUCUUCCCACCAGACCCUGGACAACUUAAGAGAGGCCUCACCAGGUAUCUGUUUGCCUUACAGAUAAAGCAGGACUUGUCUAACGGCAGUUUGACCUGUCAUGACAACAGCGCCGCCCUGCUGGUCUCUCACAUACUGCAGUCAGAGCUAGGGGACUAUGACGAGGAGCUGGACUGUCACCAUUUAGAGAUGAAGCAGUACGUCCCCAACCAGGAAUAUCUAGACCACAAAAUCAUUAAGUUUCACAAGAAACACAGAGGUGUGUCUCCAGCAGACUCUGAUAUCCACCUGCUGGAGGUGGCGAGGAAGCUGGACAUGUACGGUAUCAGGCCUCACCCUGCCCACGACGGGGAGGGAAUGAGGAUCAACCUCGCCGUCACACACUCUGGAGUACUGGUCUUUCAGGGAAACACCAAAAUCAACACGUUCAGCUGGGCGAAGAUCCGCAAGCUGAGCUUCAAGCGCAAACAUUUUCUCAUUAAACUACACGACAAAGUUGGGCCGUCGUGUAAGGACACACUAGAGUUCUCCAUGGCUAGUCGAGAUGUGUGCAAGUCCUUCUGGAAGACGUGCGUAGAGUACCAUGCCUUCUUCAGACUGGCAGAGGAACCGAAGACAAUACACAAAACCCUGCUGUCCAGUAAGGGCUCCAGCUUUAGAUACAGCGGACGGACGCAGAAACAGCUGCUGGAGUGUAUGGGGUCAGGGGAGAAGAAGCCUUCGCACUUUGAGAGGACUUACUGUCAGUCAGACUAUGAUGCCAGACAGUGUCACUCUUCUCCUGAUCUCCUCACGGACGUCUCCAAACAAUUGUACGAGCACUCCCACGCCUUCACUCGGUCGAGUCAUGCCUUGGCGGUCCGCAGUCAGGAUGAGUUGGACCCACAUCACCGAGGCGUAGACGACAUCGAAAUCUGUGGAGGAGGGGCUAAACGCAGCCAAUCAUCCGUCGAGGUCACCCAGAGGACCCGCCCUCUCUCCCAAGUCACUCCUCUCUCUCCAUCUCUACGCCAAUCAACCCCCUCGCCCAAGAUAAGAUCUGCUUCCACAUCUGUGAUGGAGGACAUGAGGGGGGGACGGAUCGGGGCGCAGCGCCAAGCCCAAAGGCUAGCAGGUGUCUAUGGCAACCGGUCACGCCGUCGGCCCAAUCCCCAGCCACACCCGGAUGCCGCUCAGCAGUUGGUUCUUCUCUAUCCAAAUAGUCCUGCCUACCAGUAUCACCCCAUCCUCCCAACAUUCCCAUUAGCUGGUUCCUCGCCUCUCAGCCGACACCCCUACUUGUCGGACUACGUUGCCGUUUCCUCACUGGAGCGUUUCCCGCAGGCAAGAAGGCGGGAUUAUGUAACGAUGGAUGGCCUAUCGCGGCCAUCUUUCUAUCCGCUAAGCCACGAUUCGCCAUCCCACUCGCCAGUCAGGAGGAUCCUUCGCCCCUCAGGCUCAGGUGGGCUGGGAUUGGCUAGGGUUUACCAGCCGGGAAGCAACGGCGCGAGGCUCUUGGGUAUUGGACAUACAGAGGCGGGGCAUUACAGUGAUGACUCCAACUUCCUCCCGGGGCUGCCUCGCCGCGUGGCUAGCCAACCAGACGUCAAGUUUCACCUCUCAAGGAGUUCUAACCCUGCCUUUAACCCCGCCUCUGAGUUCCGUCCCCUUGGUUACUACCCCCACCUGACACGCCCCUCCAGACCCACCUACCUCCCGCUAAACUCCUCCCCUCUGCCUGAACGACCCACCUCGCUAUGCAUGAUCGGAGGCACCACGGGAAGCUACAGCGAUUCAGACCCAGAGGUUUUCUAUCCGUAUUACUGCCCACCACCCCCGCCGGGGAAAGUGAUACGGUCUGCCGGACUAGCCAGGAUGAGGUUUUCCUCUGGGAGCCUCCAACUGGACGAGGAGGAGAGGGGAGGGGAGGAGGAAGAGGAGGAUGGAGCAGCAAGGGAGAGAGAGGAGUUGAAGGGCGAAGAUGAGAAGAAAGAAAAGACAGGAGGAGGAAAUGAGACUAAAGGUGCUGCGAAGAUUAUUGAAGUCACACUGUAGAUAAAGACGAAAACAUUUACACACAUGCAAACUGUGCAAAGGUUCAUGAUCAAACUCAAAACUGGCAGGAUGGUUUAAAAAAAACCCAAACACUGUAGAUAGCACAAGACAAUUGUAAUAAAUGUGAUGGCUUCAUAUGUAUGAGAAGUGUAUUGUUUUUGAGGUGUUCUGGCGGAUGAAAUGUUUUUGCCUUGCUUUAGCAAAAACCUCAACUUCCGAAAACACUGGCUGCUCUUUAGUAGCCACAUUAUGGGUAAAAGCUAGCACAUUUUGAGGAUUACUAAUACAUUAAUUAUAUGUAUGUAUCCCUCCUUGCUGACCAUCGACAGACAAACAAGCUGUACUAGCCUCGGCUGUUGCUAAGCCAAGGAGAAAAAGCAUUUUUACGACACUAGCAGCGUGGCUGUGCGUAGGAGUCAGGUGUUAACAUAAGACGCCUGCUUUCUGAAGCAACAGCCAGCACAAACGCAAGGUGUCACGCAGCCUUCUGUAAGCCAAGUUAAAGAAAAACGGACAGGGCAAGAAAGAAAUUUUUUUGGACUUUAAUAUGAAGUUCUGUCAGUGUGACGUGUAUGUAGGUUUGGAAAACUUAUUGAAUAACUUUCUGGGUGACGUAUCUGGGUAUGUAUUUAUUAUUUUAUAUGAAUGGUUCUUGUGAAUUCUCUAGAAAAAUGUGAACAGAGAUUUUUUUGGUUUAUAUAACUGAACUGCAUUUGCCAAUAAAGGAUAAUUGAGGUCAAAUUAA